AUGAACCUUUGGAAAUCUUGUUUGGCACCCCCAUGGCGGAUUUUCCGACGUUAUAACCACAUUUCGUCCAAAACGGUAUCAUCGCUUCAACAAAGACUAGACGACAUACCACUUGAAAACUACAGAAACUUCUCCAUCGUGGCACAUGUUGACCAUGGAAAGUCGACCCUCAGUGACCGCCUACUGGAAUUAACGGGUGUCAUCAAAGCCGACGAUUCAAGUAAACAGUUUUUGGAUAGACUGGAAGUAGAACGUGAGCGUGGUAUUACUAUCAAAGCGCAAACAUGCACCAUGUUCUACUACGACAAACGCAGUAAAAAAGACUACCUGCUACAUCUAGUCGAUACACCAGGACAUGUGGAUUUCCGCGCAGAAGUAUCUCGCUCGUAUGCUUCUUGCGGAGGCGCAUUGCUGCUUGUAGAUGCUUCACAAGGCGUCCAGGCCCAGACCGUAGCCAAUUUUUAUUUGGCAUACAGCAUGAACCUUAAACUCAUACCAGUGAUCAACAAAAUUGAUUUGGAUAGCGCCAACAUUCCUCAGGCAGAGGCCCAAAUUGAAAGCACGUUCGAGCUGCCGAGGGAUGAAAUUGUGCGGGUGAGCGCUAAGACAGGUAUUAAUGUCAAAGAAGAUCUUCUGCCUUCGAUAGUCGAUCGUAUUCCGCCGCCUACUGGAGAGAUGAAAAAGCCUUUCCGUGCAUUACUAGUAGAUUCGUGGUACGACUCGUACCUUGGUGUGGUUCUUCUUGUAAACAUCGUUGAUGGCACUGUCAAGAAAGGCGACAAGGUGAUAAGUGCCCAAACCAACAAAAAGUAUGAGGUCAAAGAACUCGGUAUCAUGUACCCUGAUAAGAUUCCAAUGGGAAAAUUAAAAACCGGCCAGGUUGGGUACCUUGUACUGGGAAUGAAAGCUUCGAAAGAUGCCAAAAUCGGAGAUACGAUUUUGCAUCUUGGUAAAGAAAGUGUCACGGAGGUUCUGGAUGGGUUCGAGGAGCUCAAGCCUAUGGUAUUUGUGGGUGCCUUUCCUGCCGAUGGUACUGAUUUCAAGAGUUUGGAUGACGACAUCAGUAGACUCAUCUUGAAUGACCGAUCGGUCUCACUGCAACGAGAAUCAUCCAAUGCAUUAGGCCAAGGUUGGAGGCUUGGUUUCCUUGGUUCACUUCAUGCAUCGGUGUUUAAAGACCGAUUGGAAAAGGAGUAUGGAUCGAAGCUGAUCAUCACACAACCCACAGUGCCGUAUGUCAUUAAGUUCACAGAUGGUCAAGAAAAGGUUAUCACAAACCCUGACGAUUUCCCAGAUCUAUCUUUGAGGAAAACUAGAAUACAUUCGCUUCAAGAGCCUUAUGUUGAAGCAAUCAUUACACUUCCCCAAGAGUAUCUUGGGCCCGUCAUUAAGCUGUGCGAUAACAAUCGCGGAAUACAAAAGGAAAUUACCUAUUUGAAUGUUACAGGACAGGUAUUAUUGAAGUACGAACUUCCCUUAGCUCAUUUGGUCGACGAUUUCUUCGGAAAGCUGAAAUCUGUUUCCAGAGGCUAUGGCUCUUUGGAUUAUGAGGACAUCGGUUACAAACCUUCAGAUAUCGUCAAGCUGGAGCUGGUACUAAAUGGGAAAGGUGUAGAUGCCCUGGCGCAGGUGAUGCACAGAAGUCAAGUUGAAAAAGUUGGUCGAGAAUGGGCCAAAAAAUUCAAAGAAUACGUCAAAUCUCAACUUUACGAAGUCAUCAUUCAAGCAAAAGCUAACAACAAAGUAAUUGCGAGAGAAACCAUCAAGGCGCGCAGAAAGGAUGUUCUCGCUAAGCUGCAUGCGUCAGAUGUAUCGCGAAGGAAGAAACUACUGGUGAGACAGAAGGAGGGGAAAAAGCAGAUGAAAAGCGUAGGCAACGUCCAGAUUAAUCAGGAAGCCUACCAAGCAUUCUUAAAAAGGUAA